AUGGCGGCGUUCCGAUGUCGUGUAUAUAUCAGGAAAAUGUCUUUGCGGACGGAGUUGCGUUCUAUCGCUGAGAGAGAUAACUGCUGGUCUGAAACCCAGUCACAGCACAAACAGGACUCAAAAUCCCGGACUGUCCAGUGUGUGAAGUAUGACAGUUAUGUGACAUUUACUCCACAAAGACUCUGCCCUGUGCUGGGAAUGUCUCUGCAGCCCGCCUCACAUAUCAGCCUCCCUGCAGAGACUGUUGAUAUUUACGGUGACCGGUGGGAAUAUUCUCUAACCGCAGCCACGUCCACCACCAUCAGCACGGAUGUCAGCGCGCAGUUUCAGAUACACACUCAACCCAACUCCCUGGUGGCGGCGGUGGGAUCGGACGUUAUUCUGCCUUGUACUAUCACCCCGCCGUUGCCUGCGGCUGGCCUGGAGGUACGCUGGUUUCAUGACCUCUACCACAACAUCGCCUUCCUGCUCAAAGAAGGGCGCGAAGACCGUCAGCAGCAGAGCGUGGACUAUCGCGGUCGAGCCUUCAUGCUGGCUGGACCGGACAAAGGAAACCUGUCGCUUAGUCUGCAUCAGGUCCGCCUCUCCGACGCGGGCAAAUAUCACUGCUUUGUGGAGAACAGCGUGGACAAGAACGAUGGCGAGGGAAUCAUGACGCUCACUGUAGUGGGUUUGGGGACCCCACCUCUUGUAUCAGUUGCUCUGCAGGGCAGCGCUGUCCUUCUCUCAUGUUCCUCUGAUCAGUGGUUUCCAGAGCCAUCAAUGUUCUGGAUGAAAGGAAAUGGGGAGCCGGUGCCAGUGUAUCACAGUGCAAAGAAAAACACCUCUGGUGGACUUAUUCAUGCCAGUAGCAGCAUUCUCCUUAAAGACUCCAUAGAUGGGCACCUCUACUGUGGACUACAACAUCCUGUGACAAAGACUGAAACAGGCGUCUACGUGGCAGUCUCAGAUGACAUGUUUCCUCGAGCCUCCCCCUGGGCGAUUGCCUUCUGGAUCCUCUUGAUCUUCAGUCUCGCUGGCUUAGCUCUUCUGGCCUGGUUCUUCUACUCAAAACAAAAGGAGAAAGAAUCCAUUUUGUUUGAUUCUUCUACUGCUUAUGGCGGCCUUGUGGUGUCUCCGGACAGUCGCAAUAUCACAACCACAGAUGUGGUCCAAGAUGUCCUUCAAAACCCGGAGAGGUUUGACACUGAGCCUUGUGUCCUUGGUCAUUCUGCCUUCCAGUCGGGCACUCACUACUGGGAGACGGAGGUUUUGGAGAGGAGCGGAGAGUUCUGGUCUCUUGGGAUAGCUGGCAGGUCGGUGAGGAGGACUGGAGGUCAAAGAGAGGGUCCAGACGCUUUGAUAUGGGCCAUUAGAGGAACGACAGAAGGAUACUAUGCACUGUCUACACCACCGGAGCCCAUUGUGUUUGAAUCUGGGCGAAUACAGAAAGUCGGGGUUUAUCUGGAAUACGACAAAGGGAAGGUGACAUUUUAUGAUGUGGACACUUACAGGCGCCUCUACACAUUCACCGAGAACUUCCUCGAGCCUGUCUAUCCAUUUUACUAUGUUGGGCCAGGCAUUGCUUUCUCUUUAAUUUCAUAAUGCUUUAUAGCCAAGUCCACCUACAUUUCAUUUUGUCUUU